AUGGCAGAAAGCACAAGUCCAAAAGGCACCUCAGGUGACUUUGCUAAAAAAGUCCAACGACAGCUGAGCAGAAGCAAAGAAAAGGUAUUACAAAGACUGGGAAAGACUGUGGAGACCAGAGAUGACCAGUUUGAACAUUAUCUCCAGAUGUUUACUGACCAGCAGACUGAUGGGAACAGAAUAUACAAGGACUUGAGGAACUACAUCAGUGCAGUCAGAGACAUGCGUGAAGCUUCAAGACGCCUGUCCCAGUCAUUGUUUGAUGUUUAUGAAAGCGACUGGGCUGGAGAGGAAGAUUUGGGAGCCAUCGUGGAGGGGGAGGACCUCCUGUGGAAUGACUUCGAGGUGAAGCUAUUAGACCAGGCUGUUCGCACCAUGGAGUCCUACGUGGGCCAAUUCCCAGAUGUCAGGGAAAAAGUUGCCAAGAGAGGAAGAAAACUGGUCGACUACGACUCCUCACUUCACCACCUGGAGGCACUGCAGACUGCCAAGAAGAGGGAUGAUAUUAAGAUAAAAAAGGCAGACGACGAGAUGAAAACUGCCAAAAGUGUUUAUGAGUGGCUCAACAAUGAGCUAAAAGGGGAGCUCCCUGCUCUCUAUGAAAGCCGUAUUGGAUGCUAUGUGUCCGUCUUCUCAGCUGUGUCAAAUUUACGAGAAAUCUUCUAUAAGGAAAUGAACACGCUCAAUCUUGAUCUACAGAAUGUGGUGAAAGAGCUGCAGGCUCAGCAUCCAGACAAAGUGUUUUCUGUGAAGGGAAUCCAACGGUAUGGUUCUCUGAGGAGACGGACUCUGUUGUCCCCUAAGGCCUGGAAAACCAGUUUUUCUGAGUUCCAUCGGAGUUACAGCCCUAAAGCUGGACAACGGUCUAGUUUCAAGUCUCCGGAGAAACCUCGCCAUAGCACCCUGUCCAGAGAGAGCACCAUCACAGUCUCCUCAAUGUCACCAUCUCUGGAUGACCCCAUGCCGGAGCUGGAGGCCGGAUCAAGCCACAGCGAGAACCAGAGCUCUCAUACACAAGAAGACGGAGCAGCGGGGACAUCAAAGUCAGGAGAAGAAAGCAGUCAGGUUGAAGAGGAGAAGGGCUUAAAGGAAGAUGUGCCAAAGCCUCCUGCAGAAUCUGAUAAUAAAGGAGGUGGUAAAAAAGCUCCACCAAGUGAGAGCAGCUCUGAACUGAACAACUCGUAUGAUUCAGAAAGCUUGGACCUCCAGCUGUCUGCAGCCGACAACGGCCCGCUGCACAUUGAAGAACGAGACGACAGCCCAGCAACCCUUGACACUCCUAAACCAAACGGAUUGGAGAAUGGUGGUGUUUCAGGGUUUAACUCUGACACUAAGGACCUGAGCGAUGCACACAAGGAUGCUCCUGCAGAAAAAGAGGCAUCCUCGGACGUAAAAAGCACAGUGGUUUAGAGUUUGAUAAAAGAACAGAACAGAACAGCACAGCACAGGAGAGACUGAAGUCAACAGCUGCACAAGACGGAAAAAAAUGUGGAGGCAGCCAAACUGACGUGUCCAACUGUGGUGUCAUGACUGAUGUAUUGUUGCUCUUAGUUUUCUUAUUUAUCUUUUAUUGAAAUCAACUUUGCAUCCACUAUAUGGUGUCUUUGGGUAAAAAUAUUUUUUGUUAUAGCCAUGUUAAAUCUUAAUUGUUCUUUAAUAUAUGAACCCAUGCAGUUCAUCAUAAUUUUACCAAGGAUAUACGUUUUGAAACUAGACUUAUAUGUCUAAUUUUUAACACCCAUAAAUGCAUUAUGUAGGUUUACAUGCAUGAGGAACAGGUGCAGACUAACUACAACAUACAGAUGUUCAGUGUUGUGGUCUCAGUUUGGAAAGGAACCGAGCUUCACUCCACUCAUAUGUUGCCACCGACUGAAACUAAAAAGAAGUUUUGAUCAUUUUCUUUUAUUCUCUUUUUUGAAAUUUAAUAUAAUUUUAUUAACCACAUUUAAUGGCUAGGAUUCAGAAGAGAUUUAUUUUUUAAGCUUGAAUUAAAUGUACAUACGUUUGA